UGUUCGAUAUGAUCAAUUACGUGUUAUUAUUUGUGUUUUCAAAGUUUUAUAAAUUAAUUGAGCGCAUUUGAUGUUGAUAGAAUAUGCCAAAACGUUUGCAAUGUAAUGAAAUCUGGCCAGUUUGAAUCAACCAGCUUGACACGAAAAAAGUGUUUUAAACAUUGUGUCUUUAGUUGUGUGAAAUAAAAAUGUCAUUGUGGGCUGGCAGAAGAAGUGGACGAGAAAGUGUUGCAUGCUGCUUUUAUUCCGUUUGGGGACAUCACAGACAUCCAAAUACCACUCGACUAUGAGACAGAAAAGCACAGAGGAUUUGCAUUUGUUGAAUUUGAACUGGCAGAGGAUGCAGCAGCAGCUAUUGAUAACAUGAAUGAGUCUGAGCUUUUUGGACGGACUGUCCGUGUCAACAUUGCCAAGCCAAUGAGAAUCAAAGAAGGAUCUUCUCGACCAGUGUGGUCGGAUGAUGACUGGCUGAAGAAGUUCUCUGGGAAAACUGCAGAAGAAGCUGAGGGGGAGGCUGCGGGAGAAACCCCCAACACUGCUGCACAAGAGGCUGAGCCCCCUGCUAAGAAGGGCAGAGUUAAUCCACAGGUCUACAUGGACAUCAAGAUCGGUAACAAGCCUGCAGGGAGACUUCGCUUCCUCCUUCGGGCUGACAUCGUUCCCAUGACAGCGGAAAAUUUCCGCUGCUUGUGCACCCAUGAAAAAGCAUUUGGCUACAAAGGGAGCAGCUUUCAUCGCAUCAUCCCGCAGUUCAUGUGCCAAGGAGGGGACUUCACCAACCACAACGGCACUGGUGGCAAGUCCAUUUACGGUCGAAAGUUUGACGAUGAAAACUUUAUCCUCAAACACACGGCUCCAGGACAGCUCUCCAUGGCUAACUCUGGGUCAAACACCAACGGCUCCCAGUUCUUCAUCACCAAUGACAAAACAGACUGGCUGGACGGCAAACAUGUUGUGUUUGGAGAACUGGUGGAAGGGAUGGAUGUGCUUCGAGCGAUGGAGGCUCAAGGAGCAAAAGAUGGCAAGCCAAAGCAGAAAGUGAUCAUCUCGGACUGUGGAGAACUUGUAUAAAUGAAAUACAACCAUGCGUGUUUUGUAUGAAUCUUGUAUAUGUUCAACAACUUUUACUUCACUUCCACCCCAAAUCUUUUGCAAUGUAAAUAAUUUAAUAAACACAUUUUUUAAAUAAACUGCAGCCAUUGGACUUGUAGAUAGUGUGUAGAUUGUGAUUAUAGAGGUGGGACGCCAGCUACUCACAUUAGUGACAUACUUUGGUUUCUUUGUCAUUGGUACUUAACACACAUACACACCACAAAUAGUGAAUGUGAUCCACUCUAAAUCUGUGCUUCUCAAUUAUGGGGCACAAAAAUUCCUGUGACCUCCCUGAAUUUAAUUAGUAUUGACAACUACAUACCGGUAUUUAUUUAUCUGUACAACGCACUGUGUAAGUUACAUUCUUUAUAUAUGGCGCUGACGACAACUUUUCUUUUUUUUACUCCUGUUACAAACUUCUCCACCUCUUUGCCUCAAAAAUGUAUACCGGUAAUAACAUUAAAGUGUCACACAGCA